AAUAGCCGCUUUUCGUAUAAAUUCACUAAAAUAAGAAAUUUCCUGUAAUCACGAAAAUUAUUAAGGUCAGGACUUGCACCCAGAUGCCUUAGACGUACAUGAUUGGACUGAUGUGAAUAAACAAAAAUCGACAUAAAACAAAUUAGCCCAGAAAUCUUGGAUGGCAAACACUUUUUAUUCAAAAUUAAAUUCUCCAAAAUUCCUAAAAAAAAAUGUCAUAUUCCCCUUUCCAAGCAACCGAAAUUGGCAAUUGGACGGACUUACCUUUACAUUGUGUGCUUUAUGAAUGGUUAUCGAAAAACAUGAAUUUGCCUAACGACUAUGGUACAAUCGUUGCCUACAUAGGAUUAUUCCUUAUAACUUGGUAUACUAUAAUAUGGGCAGUUCGUUUAGUAAUGGCUGUAAUUUGGCCAUUAUUCAUAAUAGCAUCUGCAAUUAUUGUAUUCAGAAUACUUCAGUUUUAUGAUCCCGAAGAAAUUACGACGAUUGUGUUGAAAUCUUUCAGUAUCAUAGCAGAUACUUUGGUAAUGGUUUUGGCCAAGCUUUUAGAAUUUGCUUUUAACCUUUUCGAUUAAACGCAAUUCCACUCAGAAGCAUUCAAAA